GCUGAGGGAAUUAAAGUCCUUGAAGAAUAUUCUACAAUUGAAGUUGAUGAGGGGUCUAAAGAAAAGCUUUCGCGAAUUCAUGGAUGUAUAGAUGUUACACUCAACUUUUUCCAAUUUGUUGGAUCAUCUAAAUUAUUACACGAGUCACCCCAAACAGUGCCGCUAACAACAAAAGACAGAGAUCCACGUGUUGAACCCUUCGAUCCCUUUAAUUUUCUCGUGAACGUUCGAGCAAAAAUUCUUCCUGUAAUAAAUGAACUUUGGCAAAGCGCCUAUCUUCCAAGAGCUCCCCCAAAUAUUGUUCGAUCUGUUCUUCAAAAUUUAGUACAGAUUUUAAAAGCGGAUGGGGAAGUUAAUCAACGCCCUGAGGGAUCAGGAUCAUCAAGUGGAUUAACAGCACCUACUUCUACACUAUUUGGUGCUACUAGAUCGUUGGUACCUGAUGAAGAACGAGUUCAACAAUUAAUUGAUAUGGGCUUCCAGCGCUCAUCAGCUGAAGCUGCACUUAUACGUUGCAAUAAUCAUGUUCAAGCUGCUACAGAAUAUUUGGUAACGCAUCCUCAGACUAUUGCAGCAACAGUUUUCUCAGCGGCACCAUCUACCGAAGCAGGUCGAAAUUCGUCUGAUACAACCUCAACAAGAGGUAAUGCACCUACUGAUGCGGGAUCUACGAUUGAUGUGACUGCUCAAGCUCUUGCAUUAUCUAUGCAGGGAAAUCAAACUCCCGUAGAAGGUGCCGUUGCAAAUGAUGGUUCAAUUCCUAUGGAAACUGAAACCACAUCAACAAAACCAGACAAAGGUAAAGGGAAAGAAGUUGAUUAUAUAGAUCAUUUCAAGACUCUUAGAGAUAAGCUGAGGUCUGCUUCAGCAACUCGUGCACUUGAACUUCUUGAUGCAGUUGAAGACAUUAUUUUCGAAGUAAAAGACCUGUUUGUACUUCUUAGCAAAGAUGAUGCUGAACAGAACAUUAAAUUAAUAAUAAAAAGUAUUGAAACAGUUCGAAGUCAUCCUGACGAACAGCGCAAAAAAGCUCUUAAUUCUCGUUUACGCCUUUUAGCUCUUUUAUUGAAUGAGAAUAGUAUACAAGGAAAAAUUCCAAACUUACCUUUUAAUAUAUUUUCUGAUAUGAUAACUAUGAUUUCUGAGCAAACUGGAUUACCUUUAGAGAGUCCUUUGCCUAAAUGGAUUGCACCUGCUUUGUUAGUUAUUGAGGCGUUUAUUUCAUCAUCGGAAGAACCAGUUAGCACAGAAUUAGUUACAAAACCUGAUGAAUCAAAAGACAUUAAUGUUCCCUUAAACGAGUUGAGUUUCAUUAAAGCAGAAUCGCGAACUCAGCUUCUUGACUAUUGUUUAUCUUUAUUAAAAAGGAAGGACUUGGAUAAGGAUAUUAUGAAUGCACUACUUAGGAUAGUGGUUCGUCUUACUCGCCGUCAUACAGAUGCCAUUGAUUUUGUAAACAAGGAUGGUCUGAAUUUACUUUUCAAUACAUUUAAGUCGAGAGCCCAUGAUUUCCGUGGUCAGCAGAUAUUCAUUGUCAUGAUAUUACGGCACGCCCUUGAAGAUGCUUCAGUUUUAGAAUCAAUUAUUGAUAAAGAAAUAAAAAAUUGGUUCGCCAAUCCACGCCCACGAGGGGGCGAUAUCAAUGCAUAUUUACGAAACAAUGCUCAAUUUGCUUUACGGGCGCCAGAAAUAUUUAUUCAAUCCACUAAAAAGCUCUACAAAUUAUCAAGAUACGAUACUAAUGGGCGUAAUCAACAAAUCACAUUAAUUAAAUCAGACACGGAAGAUAUUAGUACUGCCACAACUAAAGAUACAACCGUCAAUGAAGAAGAGAUGACCGAUACAUUACCGGUGCCGUCGACAUCUGUUUCACUUGGAUCCCCAAAAAAGUUUUCAUUCGGUUCAGAAACAGCUGAAAGCAUCAUUCAAUUUAUUGCAAAUGAAUUGGUCGCAACUCGUGUGCAAGUUAAUCAAACUUUGGAUACAAAACUACCUGAUACUAAUUUAAACGAUCGAAAUGAAAAUGCUAAUUCUUCCGCAACCACCUCCACAUCUACAAAUAACACAAAUACCCCACAACCUGUAUUUAAACCUGAAGAACAUUUAGAUUAUCUGUAUCGAUGUUUCCUACUUCAAUGCUUAACUGAACUUCUAUCUUCAUAUCCAUCAUGUAAAAUUGAAGUUGUGAAUCUUUCACGUCGCAGAAACAGCAUGGGAUCUAGUACUCAAUCGAAAUCAAAAACUUCUCUUUUGUAUUAUCUCCUAAAUGAGUUAUUACCGUACGGUUGUAUAACACCAUCUACUAAUAUUGAGAUGCGAAAACGUUAUGGUCAAUCAAAAUGGACAACAUCUGCUCUUGUGGCACUAUGUUCUAAUGUUGGUAGUGAAGAUGAUAAGAAACCACAGCCGGAAAUAAUACAAGUACGAAAAUUCGUUUUGGAUUGUAUAAUCAAAUCAUUUAAAACUGCAAUUUCUUCAUCAGAUCCAAUUGAAACAAAAUAUGGAAGACUUUUGUCUUUGGCAGAGCUAUGCUAUGCUAUACUGAAUUCACGCACUGGUCCUAACACCACUGCCAACAAACCAAUUGAUGAUGGCCCCGCCAGCAUCGCCAAAAUAAUGCUAGAUAAAAAUUUUGUAAACACUUUAACUGAUGCACUUGCGGAAGUUGAUCUCAAUUAUCCUUCAGCGAGAAUUUUGAUAAACGCUUUACUAAAACCUUUUGAAUGUCUUACAAAAGUUGCUAUUAAACUGGGUCGAUCUCCUGAAGCUCCUAACAAAGAGCAACAACGUCGGGACAGUAUUUCUUCCAUAUCCACGCCAUCUGCCGAUGAAAUGAAUCCAGAAACGGAGGACGCACCUGAUUUGUACGCAACUUCUGUGCUCGGAACUCUAGAAGGCAGAGUGGAUAGCGAUGAAAUGGAUGACGAUAGUUUAGACUCAUCAGUUGAUGAACAAAGGUAUGAUGAUGGUGAAUUUGAUGAAGGAACCGGCAGUGAUCUUAGUGAUGUUAGCAACGACGACGAUUUAGAUGAAGGGGAUGAUGAUAAUGGUGACGACAUGGAUGUAGAAAUUGUAGUCCGACAACCGAUCCAUGGUCACUCAGUUGUAUUGGAUAAUGAAAGGCACGAUGAUCAUGAUUCUGAAAUUGAGCAUGGAGUAAAUCAACAUUUAGAAAACGAUGAUGAUAGUGACGAUGAAGGACAUCAUCAUGUUAGAGGUAACGAUGACCAAGAAAUGUGGGAUGUUCAUGAUCAGGUGAUGAUAGAACGUGGCGAUAUUGUUGAAGAAAUUAUUGAUGCUGAAGGACAACUCCAUAGACAUCGUCGUCAUGACCGAUUUGGUGGUAAUGACGAUG